GCUCCCUCGCCGGCCUGGCGGGUCGAAGCCGGGCAGCCAUGAGCGCCAACCCGCAGUGGGACAUCAGCAGGGCGCUGGGGGUGGCCCGGCUCUUCCACCUGGUGUGUGGGGCCCGGGAUGCCUGCGUGACCCCGUUCCUGACCCUCUACCUGAGGCAGCUGGGCCUAACGGCGCCCUGGGUGGGCAUCCUAAUGGGAACCAAGCACCUGAUCGCAGCCUUCUGGGCUCCCGUCUGUGCCUUCCUGGCCAAAAGCUACCAGAAAAGGAGAGUGCUUCUGAUAGCCUCGCUGCUGGGCUCGAUGGGAGCCAGCCUGCUGAUGGUCCUGAUCCCGCCUUUGGACAAAGACCUGGUGUAUCGCUCUUGUAAUGGAAGCAGCAGCGAGACCACCACAGCCAUACCGCUGGGGCUCUCACGAACUGUGGACAUCGCCUCAGCACAAGAGGCGGCCUCAAGUCACCGAGCGAGGCCUCCAAGUCUCCUAGUCAAGAGUACUGGAAUCAUGGAAACCUCUGGCUUCAGAAUAGGACCUGAUGAAAGUGACCAAAAGCCAUCCAAUGAUCUGCCCAAGUACUUGGUGGACUCUGCGAAAGGAGCCAGGACAAUAUCCCAAGUUCUCCAUCACACUACUUCUUUUGAGGUGGCCCAUACUGCCCUCCCUCUGCUUCCUGAGGGUACAGAGCUGGGAGCAGCCAACUUGUCCGUAGUCAAGGCGAAAGCCCAGGCCCUCUCCUUGGAAGGGUUGCAAUGGACUUUCAUCCUCUCCUUGGGGUCCAUAGCGUUCUGGGAGCUGCUGACAGCCCCCCUGGAGCAGGUGGCAGACGACAGCCUUUAUGAAUACCUGGACUUUGUGGACGCCACUGACCGCUACCGAAGCCUGUGGGUCUGGAGGUUGCUUGGCAUGUCAGUUGGCGUGUGUGGCAUCUCAGCUUUGGUGGGGCAGCUGGACUGCUUUCUGAUGACAAAUGGCCCCCGGAGUGUGGUACACUUCUACGGCUACUCACUUGUCAGCACCCUAGCCCUACUGGUGAGCAUUGCGUUUCCUGUCCCCAUCUGCAGGCGGCGGGAGCCCAGCUACAAAACCGUCAAAGCACUGUCACUGAUAGGGGGCGACCCCCGUCUCAUCCUCUUGGCCUUCACUGUCUUUCUGGUGGGAGCUGCCGCCAGUACUGUGCAGAAUUUUCUCUUCUGGCACAUGAAAGACCAUGGCAGCAGUGAGCUGGUCAUGGGUUUCUCAGUUGCCCUCAGCUUGUUGGGGGAAAUUCUACUUCAUUCGUUCAAGAUUGCAUUGCUUAAGAAACUGUCCAGGGUGGGCACAGUGGGGCUGGGGCUGGGCUGCCUCGCUGGGCAGCUGCUCUACUAUUCCUUCCUCUGGAACUGGUGGUCCGUCCUCCCUGUCCAGAUCUUGAGCGCCCUCAGCAGUGGUGCUCUUUGGUGGGCAGUGGGGGCCUCGCUAGAGGACCAGGCCACCGCCAGAACGGAGAGGUCUGUGAGAGCCAUGUUCCGAGGCCACUUUUAUGGGGGUGGGUCUAGCCUGGGCAGCUUUGUCGGGGGCUUUGUGGUGAUGUACUCCAGCGUGGCUGUGCUCUACCAGGCCUGUUGCGUGGUCCUGCUGCUCUGGCUGGUUUUGUUCCUCACCAUACAGGCAAGGCUGCCCCAGGAGCGAAAAAUCAACUACUCAAAGUUGCUGGUCAUGGAGGCGAGCGACACCAGCGACUCUGAGGAGGGAACCGAGCGGGACUGGCUUGUAAGGGCCAUGAGGGAGGAGCACUCAGAGUGGAAGGGGUGAGAGAAAGCCAGCACUGCUGGGAAGGAGCCAAAGGAUUAGUCAGGACUCAGUCAGCUGAGGCCAGAAUCCUGCUGUGGACUGGAGGGAGCCUAGGAAGAGAAGGCAUGUCGGUGCUGAAGGCUCAACAGGACCUUCUCACUGCAUGAUUUUCUUUACUUUUAUAGCAAAGGGAGAUUUCGCUUUUUGCCAUCCAAUCUUUUUUGAAUAAUGGAAGAAGAAUACAUUUGUUAAAAAAAAACAAACACAGAAAUCUCUUUGUGUUCUCUGUAUUUGGAUGUAUAAGGUUCGUGAGAGCUUUAGUAGCGUAGACUCUGGUGCAGCGGAAUUCCGCAACGGCUAAAAUGACCACAUCGAGUCGGCAGGGCCAGGAGGGCAACGGGGACCUGCAGGCUUCGGCUGGCAGAGAGGGCGGCUGGCUCAGAUGAGUCAUGUAGGUUCCCAUGGGUCAUAAAGGCAUGAAUGUCAUUCUAUAAAUGGUGACCUGUGGGCAGGUGAGAAUGGUAAUGAAAACCAAAACGCUUCUCGCCCUCUCCGCACUGAUAUCCAAACACCCACUCACAACCAGAGACUUAAUGUUUCCGAUAACGGAAGACCAUGGGAAGUGUAGCAUGCGUUGAGGGGAAAGGGUCCUUAGAAUCAAUAUAUUUACAUCAAAGCCAGGACAAGUCCAUGUCCUUUGGACUCACACAGUGCCUCAUAAGAGCACGUGGAGAUUUUUCACAUCAGCUUUGCUCAGGUCAGUCUCCAUGCACCAGGCCACACAUGCUAGCGGUGUCUCAGCCACUCAGCAGGGUUUUGAGAGUGGCAGGCUAGUGUCGCUGCCUUACCAACCCCCCGCACCUUGCCUGUCUGCCGGGAAAGAGCUCUUUAUUCCAGAGGCCCAGCCCCAACCGCCCAGUUCUUCUGCCUCAAUUAGAUAAAUUGAAGAUACUGGAUUUCAAAGGGGCCUCAUUUUAUAAAGACAGAAGAUGCCUCAUAGCUAGAGAAGGAGAACAGACAGAAGUGCCCACUGGGUCAGACUGGUAUUAGGAUCUUUGUAUUUAUCCUUUUUUAAUUCUCACAACUCUCUAAUGGACAGGUUAUUAGUUAGGAAGCUUUAGGGUACAAAUAACCAAAAAAAAUUACCUCUGCCUUGAACAAUUAGGGAUUAAUUUGUCUCAUAAGAAGUCUAGGGGGCAUAAAAUGGUACUCGUGAAGAGUGUGCUUCUUAGUUCAAGUAGAUACAUGAGACUAAAUGGGCAGCUCCUGUCUGGAGGUGAGAUGAGAAGGCACAAAGGGACAGGAGCUGGCUGAAUGGACCCGGAAAAUCUGGGGUGGAAAGGGGGAGAGUGCUGUCACUUUAUAGGGAGAGCAACUAGGGUCACAUAACAAUGUAUAAAUCUUUGUAUGAGAAACUAACUUGAGUUGUAAACUUUCACUUAAAGCAUGAUACGAAAAAGUCUAGGGAGAGGCAGUGCAGAGCUGGUGUAGGGGCCCGAUGAUGUCACCAGGGACAUAGAAUCUUUUCAUCUCUUUGUUCCAUCAUCCUCAGCGUGGAGGCCUCCAUCCUGUAUUUGCACAGAAUGGCUGCCUUACCUUCAGCCCUCUUGUCCACAUUCCUGGCGGUAAGGAGAGGGAAAGGAAGGGACAGCAACCACUGCCUAUGUCAGGAAAACAAAAUCCUUCCCAGAAGUCUUCCUCAGACUUCUGAGUGAACUGUGUCACAUGGACCCCCUAACUGCAAGGGAAUCUGAAAGGCAGAGUGUUUCUAGCUGAGUACAUUCACACCCUAAGCAGAAUCAGGAUUCUGUCAGGAGGAAGAGGAGCCUGGUGUUGGAACUGGCAGUGUCUGCCACAGCCUGGGAAGUGGAAUGCACGUCCAGACCGAUCUCAUUCCUAAGCCUUUUAUCUUUGCCUACAGAAAGCCAGCUUCCCCGCAGAAAUGACUUUAAGCAUUUGACCCCCACAGGAGCCCUAUGAACAAAUCAAACUUGUUAACUGCAUUUACGACUGAGAAAACAGAGUCUCAGAGAAGUCACACACUGGGUCACUGGCAGAAACGCCACCAGAGCCCUGAGCUCCUUACCCCAAAUUUAGUGCCUUUUCUGUUAUGCCAGUGAUUCCCAAAUCUAGCUGUGCGUUCAAAGCACCUGAGAAGCAUAACCAAAAAGGUAGAUUCCUAGGUCCUUCAGAACCUCUCAGGGCAGGGCCCAGAAAUUGGUAUUUUUAAUGCAAUCGCCAAACAAUUAUGAUGUGGCUGAGCACUGGGCUGCUGGAUUUCCCUUUCCAACCCCGUGUUUCUCACCACUUCUUUGCCAAAUGCGUCUAGUGUGCAGGGGAGAGAAUAAUAGCUAUUGAGUGCUUACUAGGUGCCAGGCACUGUUCUAAACGCUUAACAUGGACUAGCUCAUUUCAUCCUCAAAACAGUCUUCGGAUGUAGUCACUAUUAAAAAAACCAAAGUCACUAUUAACAUCUCUAAUUUACAGGUGGCAAAACUGAGAGUUAAGUUGCUCGUUUGAAGUCACACAGCCGGUAGGUGGCGGAGUUGGGAUUCAGACCCGGCCUGGUGGCUCCGGGGCCUGAGAUUUAAUCCCUGUGCUCUGUGGCUAGGAAAUUGGAGAAAAGGGGAAAAAUUAAAUAUGAAGAGUUAAGGCAGCUACGGCUUGAUAUUUACUGGAUAGUAGAUAGUGUUUACUACGUAGACAAAACAUACAAUAAUUCCAACACAAACCCGUGUGUCCUCCCAACAUAAACAAAAGGGGGAGGAACAGGUCUUGGCUCGAGAUAAGAGUUGAUAAGUGUGGUUCAGCCUGAAGAAGAGGAAGAAAGUGGAGAAAGAGGAGUGAAGAGGACCAGACUGG